AUGGCUGCUUCCAGCCACGACUCAAUUUGGCGUCAAGCUUUGAUUGGUCUCAUCCUCAUCCUCCUAAUCCUCAUCACAGUCUUGGGUAAUGUGGUAGUAUGCCUGGCCGUAGGAUUGAACCGCAGGCUCCGGAGCCUCACCAACUGCUUCAUCGUAUCCUUGGCCAUCACUGACCUGCUCUUGGGUCUCCUUGUGCUGCCAUUCUCUGCCGCCUGUGAGCUGGGCCAGGCAUGCAACUUUGCAAAGCCCCUUUGUAAGAUUUAUACCAGCCUAGAUGUGAUGCUCUGCACUGCAUCCAUUCUCAACCUCUUCAUGAUCAGCCUGGACCGGUAUUAUGCUAUCACAGCCCCGCUGCGCUACAGCAUGGUGGUGACACCCAAACGUGUGGUCAUUGCACUCACCUUAAUCUGGGUGAUCUCCAUCACCUUCUCCUUCCUGCCCAUCCACUUAGAGUGGAACAUUCAAAACCUCACUAACUCAAACCUGACCCCCUAUAAGUGCAAACUGCAGGUCAAUAAGGCCUAUGGCUUGGUGGACGGGCUGAUUACAUUCUAUGUCCCACUGCUGGUGAUGUGUGCCACCUACUAUCGCAUAUUCAAAAUUGCCCGCGAACAGGCCAAGAGAAUUAACCAUAGCUACUACAACAAGGCUGUCACCAUCCGUGAGCACAAAGCCACCGUUACCCUGGCAGUUGUGAUGGGGGCCUUCAUCAUCUGCUGGUUCCCCUACUUCACAGUGUUUGUUUACCGAGGAAUAUGGGGUGACAUCAAUGAGACCCUUGAAGCUAUCGUCCUGUGGCUUGGAUAUGUCAAUUCAGCUCUGAAUCCCAUCUUGUAUGCUGCUCUGAACAGAGACUUCCGCACAGCAUACCAGUGCCUCUUCUGCUGUAGGCGUGGUGCUAUCACUUCCAGAGGGUCCUCCCUGUCUCCUACCACCUCCCGACGGUCCAGGAGCCAAUCCCACCAAGUAACACUAGGACUUCAGGAAGAGACAUCUCUAAGACAACCAGUACAGAACGGAAGCGAAGCCCCAUUCCCCCAGGAACCAGAUAAUUAUGGAACUUCAAGAUUGUCUGGCCAGAGGAAGCCUUUUCUGGCCUAUACCUCCAACUCUAAAAACAUCCUCACCUGCUGGAAAAAUGUAUGGGGCUUGAAGUUCCUCUCCCAGAGGCAAGCGGAGGAACCUGCAGGAGGACUAUCUGACCUACUGAGAACACCACCACCCCAGAUUGCUCAGGACAUUGAUUCUCAGACCACAGCGGACAUCGGUCACCAAGCCGUCUUGGAAACUCUCCCAUAUCAAUGAAGGCAGUAUUUCCAAGACCAGCCAGGUCACCAAGGACACCAUCCCCAAAUCCAUAAGGCCACCUCUCUACUCUCAAUUUAUUGAGUACAUAAUUUCCCUGUGAAUUGUUAACUUUUAUUUUCUUUUGUCUAAUCGGGGGACAUUCAAGCCAAGUUCUUACCCCAGUCUAGGAAGACAAUGAUUCAGGAAUUUUCAAACUCUGAGGCCUGAGAACCUGAAUUCAGAUUCCUGGAUAAAACUGUUUCUGAG